GUUUUUGCCAAUAAUACAACCACAACCGUGUAUAACCAACUUCUAUGGAUUUUUAUUUACUUCAGUUUCGUGGACACUUUUAAACAGUAACGCAUUGCCGACAAAACAGACAAUUUGCUCUGGAACUGCAGUAAUCGGUAUAUAAAAUAUGCCACCUAAACAAAAGAAAGGAAGUGCAGCAAAGAAAUCCAAGAAGGAAAUAACGCCACUUGAUGACAUCGACACAACUAGCCUGACCCAAGACAAACUGCAAGAGUUCUGCGUAAGAGUGCACGAGGCGCUGGUCAAAGAAAGGCAGUACAGCAAUUUCCUGAGAUUAGACCGAGAUAAACUUACUGAUAUGGUUGCCAUCGCGAAGGAACAGCUUGUGGACAUGAGAAACAGACAUCGAACUAAAGUAAUCGAAUUGGAGAACAAAGAAGACAACCAUCGGCUGGUCAUGGAACGGAAUCGUCAGAAACUUAUCAAUCUGUCAUGCGAGAAAAGUAUAGAAUGUCUAAAUACGACACUGGAAACCAUUAGGAAACUGAGUCAUGAAGGUGACAACCACGAAGAAAGAAUGUCUGAAAUAUCGACUGACAUCAAGGCAUUGCAAAUACGAAGUAAACAUUUACAACAAAAUUUUAUCGAACAUAAAUCCCGUUUGGAAAUUACACACGACGAAAAUAUGCAUAAUUUACGUGAAAAAGACAAAGAAGUUUCGAUACUUGCUGAGAAUAAACGUGAAAAGAUUUCAAGUACCGAGUUUAACAGAUUGGCAGAGCUAUUUAAAAAGGAACAAAGUGACUUAAACGCGAGGAAAAAUAAAGAAACAUCCCGGUUGUUGAAGCAUCAAGCGAGUGUUACGGUAGCCUUGUAUCAUUACUAUAACAAAAUCUUAUUCAACAACAUGUCUUUGAUAAUGGUGAUGAAGACGACCUGUCAGGAGCUGAAGUCGACAUCGGCUCAGGUGGACAAGCAGCUGCUGGACUUGACCAGUGAGAACAAGUCACUAAUGGACACGUUGAAGGUUUUGAAAGCCGAGGAGAGAAAGCUGCUUGACACGCUAGGGUCAGCGCGGAAAGACCAAAGUCAACUGUUGUACACCAAGAAGGAGUUGGAGUAUCGCAAUGGAGUGCUCGAAAACAUGAAGUGGGAGUUGGAGACACUCAAUAUAACAAUAGAGAAACAAACAGAGAAGACAAGAAAGAUCAAGAAGAAUGAGCAAGCACAUUUGUUCCAAAUGGCAGUGAAGAUGGAAGAAUUCAAUGUGAUCUUAGAUCUCAUCCUGAACCAUCUACGUCUGAGAAUGAACGAGGCAGAUUCGACCUUAGCUAUCGUCAGACAAAUCCUUCGCCAACGAGGCAAGAGGGAUCAACGACUGGAGUUUGUUCCGUUAUUCCAAGACACCUCCUUGGAUGAACUCAACUUCCGGUUGAGCGACGUGAUCGAGCAGCGCGAACUUGUCACACGACGGUACAAGAGACUACUGGAGAAACAUCAUCUGCACAUGGAAGACACCGGGUUCGAACCGCAAAAUGCUGAUGACAUUUUGAGGGGCGUAAGGGUACUGAAUGUUAUUGUAAAUGAAAAUUAAUUCUAAUUAAGUAUAUAAUAUACAUUCUACAUUUGAUUUUGAAACCACUACUCUGUACUAAGAAUAGUAUUGUACAACGACGUACCAAUAACCCGAGUGUUAGUUUUAAUGUUUGAAGUAUGUUUCAAGUUUUACUGUAAAAUCUCAAAAUGUAUUGUAAUAAUAUAUUUAAUAAAGCAGAUUGAAUGUUCUGAAAUA